CCCCCCUCCCGCCCCACGCCGCCAUGCCCAAGGUCCGACGGGCCAGGGGUUCCGGGCCUGGGCCCGGUCCCACGGUGCCGCUGGCCGAGCAGAUCCUACAAGAAGCGGCUCCGCGACCCACGGCGAGGGGGAAGCGUCGGGGCGGCCCGGCCGCGGAGGAGGAGGAUGGCGGGGAGGAGGGAUACGUGGACGCGCGGCUCUCCCGGCGCAUCCUGGAGCAGGCGAGGCGGCAGCAGGAGGAGCUGGAGGCCGAGCACGGCCCCGCCAGACCCCCCAAGCUGCGCAGCACGACGCUGGGCCCAGCAGUGCGAGGCUCAGAGGAUGAAGAUGAGGAUGAUGAGGAGUGGCCCUCACUGGAGAAGGCAGCAGCGGUGUCAGAACAGAGCAGGGAGUACGGGGGGGAGGUGGAGGUGGACCCUGAGGAUGAGAAGGCCAUUGAGAUGUUCAUGAACAAGAACCCACCACUGAGACGCACGCUGGCGGACGUCAUCAUGGAGAAGAUCACGGAGAAGCAGACGGAGGUGGAGACGGCGCUGUCAGAAGUGUCAGGAUGCCCCAUGCCCCAACUGGAUCCCCGUGUCCUGGAGGUCUACAAGGGUGUCAGGGAGGUGCUGUCCAAAUACAGGAGUGGAAAACUCCCCAAGGCAUUUAAAAUCAUUCCUGCUUUGUCCAACUGGGAGCAGAUCCUCUACAUCACAGAGCCAGAGGCAUGGACAGCAGCUGCCAUGUACCAAGCCACCAGGAUAUUUUCAUCCAACCUGAAAGAGAGGAUGGCUCAGAGGUUCUACAACCUGGUGCUGCUGCCACGGAUCAGGGACGACAUCGCCGAGUACAAGCGCCUCAAUUUCCACCUCUACAUGGCUUUGAAAAAGGCUCUCUUCAAGCCAGCAGCCUGGUUCAAAGGGAUUCUCAUCCCCCUCUGUGAGUCAGGGACCUGCACACUGCGGGAAGCCAUCAUCAUUGGCAGCAUCCUCACCAAGUGCUCCAUCCCCGUCCUCCACUCCAGUGCAGCCAUGCUGAAGAUUGCUGAGAUGCAGUACAGUGGUGCCAACAGCAUCUUCCUGCGGCUCCUCAUCGACAAGAAGUAUGCUCUGCCCUUCCGUGUGGUCGACGCCCUCGUCUUCCACUUCCUGGCCUUCCGCAGGGACCAGCGGGUCCUGCCCGUCCUGUGGCACCAGAGCUUCCUGGCCUUUGCCCAACGCUACAAGGAGGAUCUCUCCUCGGAGCAGAAGGAGGCUCUGCUCGAGCUGCUCAAGUUCCACAGCCACCCGCAGAUCUCUCCGGAGAUCCGCAGGGAACUGUUCAACUCCAAGACACGGGAUGUGGAGGGGCAGCAGCCCAUGGAGUGAGCAGGGAGAGGCAGGGAAAGCUGCAGCCUGCCCUGCUUCCAGGACACUGCUGGAGAAAAGUUGGGAGCCCUGUGUGGGAAGCAUCUGUGCCAGGUUCCUGCCGUGCCCGCAGAGCUGGACACUGAUCCCUGUGCUGCUUGUCACAGGGCAGGGCAGUCCCUGUCCCACACGGUGCCACCAGCACCCCCUGCAUUUGAAAAUAAAAUCUGAGCCAUUCAGGGCUGGUUCUGCCCUGCAGCCA